AUGGGCCGUUCGCGUAGCAGAUCACUGUCUAGUGGUCACAAGUCGAAACCUAGACGGUACAGAAGUCGUUCGCGCGAUAGGAUCAAAGAGCGCGACAGGUAUCGUGACAAAGAACGCGAUAGGGUACGUAUAAGAGGGAACGAAAGGUCGUAUCGAGACCGUCAUCGUCAUGACAGAAGACGGAGAAAAAGAAGUUCGACGGUAUCAAGCUACGAUAGUGAAGCAGAGAGGCGAAAUCGAAAAUCCAAAAUGAAGGAAAUAGAUAGGAAAAUAGAAGAGGCCCGAAGGAAAGAAGAAGCUGAAAAACGUGCUCUGGAGCAACGAGAAAGAGAACGACGGUUGCAGGAGGAACGUGAACGGGAGGCGGAAGCAGCCAGACAGUUAGAAGCUCGGGUUACAGAGGCUUUCGAAGCUGCUUUAGUAGAUAGGGCUGAAGACCUUCAGGCUGAAUUGGAAAGAAGAUAUCAAGCGGAAAUUGACCGGAGAGUUAAAAAUAAACUAGAUGAGAUCGAACGUGAAUACCAAAGCAAGCUGGAAGAACAGAGACGUAUGGAGGAGGAGGAAAAACGUAAACAAGCAGAAUUGGACAAAAUACUUGAAGAGAAUAAUCGUAAACUCAUGGAAGCUAGGCGUAGAGAGGAUUAUUACCUACAGCCGAUUAACGGAUCUGCAUUAUAA